CACACACACACACACACACACACACACACACACUCGAGCACUCAGGGUUCAGGAAUAUCAAGAACUCCAGUCUGAGAAUGAACAUGAUUUUAUUGAUUUAAAGUAAAUCCUUAGGUAUUUUCCAUUUGUGCUUUGGAAACACUUAAAAAUUUUUUUAAAUUAAGCAAUCCUUUACUUCCCAGGUGGUGAUGGCAGACACCUUCAAUGCCAGCACUUGGGAGGAAAAAGCAGGCAAAGAGAGAUUUCUGUGAGUUCAAGUCUAACCUGGUAUACAGAGUGAAUUCCAGGACAGCCAGGGUUAGACAAAGAAUCGCUGUCUCAACAAAACAAAACCAAACAAAAAACCUUAGUGUUUUUGAGACUUGGUAUCCCAAUGUAGCACAGGCUGACCUGGAAAUUGUAACCCCCCACCCCUGCCUUUCAAAUGCUGGAAUUAUAUGUAUACAUUACAGUGUCUGGGAGCCUUUAUUUUUGGGUGCAGUUUUAGGUUUACAAGAAAUUGAACUCUACUCUUUCCUCCUCUACUUAGUCUAUACUAUUAUCAAUAUCCCUAUUGGAGUGGGAUAUUGAUUCUGUUGAUACUAGACUUUUUUUUUAAUGUCUCUUUUAAAGAAAGAUGCUAUCUCUUUUUAUGUUUUGAGUGUUUUGCCUGCAUGUAUGUAUGUGCACCAUGUGUGUGCCUGGUGCCUGCAGAAGUCAGAAGGGGAUGUUGGGUUCUCUGGAGUUGAAGUUGUGGAUGAUUUGGAGCCAACAUCUGGUUGCUGGAAAUUGAACUCUGCUCCUCUGCAAGAGCAACAAAUACUCUUUAGCUGCUGAGCCGUAUCUCCAGCCCAGAUGCUAGUCCAGAGUUACUGUGUUCAUUCCUUCAGGUUUUCCCUGUGGAUGACCCUGUGGUUUUGUUUCUUAAGCUGUUGGCUUUUUAAUUUCGUUCUUUUUUAUUAGAACUAACUAGAACUUGUAGUAUGAUUUUGAAAAAAACGAUGAUGAGGGGACAUUUUUGCUUUAGUCUCAGUGCUUUGAGUUUUUGGCUAUCAAUUAGGAAUGCUGUUGGGUUUGUUUUAGUUGUCAGUUGACUUUUUGUUAAACAGAGUCUCAUUUUUAUCAAGUUCUCAUUGUAGUCUUGACUGGCCUAGAACUCACUGUGUAGAGCAGGAUAACCAAGAAUUUAGAGAUCCAUCUGUCUACCUCCUAAGUGCUAGAAUUAUAGGCACCACCACAUCUGCCCUCUAGCCCUCAGUGUUUUUCUUUGUAGCUCUGGCUAUCUUGGAACUCAUUCUGUAGAUCAGGUUGGCAUGGAACUUGGAGAUUCUCUUGCCUCUGCCUCUUGAGUUCUGAGUUUAAAGGUGUGUGCCACCACCGCUGUUUGGCUGUCUUUUUGUGUUUUUAAUGGGGACUUUUUUGCAUAGACAUGAUUGAAGCAAGGACAACCAUGUUAAAUGGGAUUGGACACAAAGACAGUGACCUCAUGCUGGCAGUCUCCAUGGUAGCUGCCCAGAUUCUUGAAGAUGCCUCUCUUGAGCACAUGGACAGGACCAGUUCUUAAGGGGGAAACCUUGCUAUCUAAAGAGAACUUAGUAUUAGAGUUUCUACUAUUAAGUCAUUUGGGGAAAAGAUCUUAGCAGGUGAGGGAGAUCAGAGACUGCUUCUAAGACCUGUUCUAACCUUAUACUAAUAACUUAGGUAAUAAGUCCAAAAACAUGAAUGAGAGCCAAACUAUAUAUGUAAAGCAUAUUACACUGAGUACAAACGUAUAUUACUAGUUCUGGAGGCUGGGAAGUUCAGGACAGAAGUCAUUCAGCAGGGUGGACCACGUCCAAAUGAAGCCUUGCAAUUGCAUCUUCUAGAUGGAGAGAAGGAUGCAUUCUCGCCUGGUGGGAGUGAGGAAGGCCAUGUUGUCAUGAGGCAGGAGGGAGAAGGCUAUGGCCUUACAAAGUUUAAGGCAGGAGGAAGGCUGCCCUUAACGUGGUAGGAGGGAGAAGGCUUUGCCUUGUGAGAAAGAAGAGGCAUGUCCUUCCUUUGUGCAAUAGAUGGAGAAGGCUAUAUCUUUACAUGGUGUGGUAGAGGAGGCCAUGUUUUAACAUAACACGAUGGAGACAGGAGGCUGUGUUCUCAUGUGAUAGAAAGCAGGGAGAAGCCCAUGUCCUUAAUGCAGUAGGAUGGAGAAGACCAUGUCCUCACAUGUACUGGAGGGAGGAGACCAUGCUUUCACAUGUGAUAGAGGAUGCCAUGUUUUCAUGUAGUGUGAUAGCGGGAGAAAGGCAUGUCUGUCUGGUGCAAGAAAGGGAGGCAUGUCCUCACAUUAGGAAGGAAGGACAGAGUCAUGUCAUUUUGUGAUUGAAUGGAAGGAGAAGGCUUUGUCCUUAUGUGGAAAGGGAGGGAAAGGUUUUGUUCUUAUAAGAGAGGGGAGGGCCCUGUCCUUAUGUAGUAGAAGGCAGGGGAAGACCUUGUUCUUCUGGGAAGGUUAUUUCUCUUGUAGAAGGGAGGGAAAAACCAUGUUCUUGUAGGAUGGGAGGGAAGGGAGCCUACAAGAAGGAGGUUCAGUCCUCAUGAGGGAAAGAAAAGAGAGGAAAUGCCGCCUCAUGAACUGGAAAGCAAAACGGUGAGCUGCAGAAACCUCUUACAUUUCAUUAGGGAAGAGUUCUCAUGAUGUAAUAACACUGAGACGGCCUGAGAUAUAGAAGGGACCCUCCAAAUAGUAACACCCGUUUACCCUCUUCCUUUUUUUCUUUUCCUCCUGGUACUAGGGAGUGAAACCCAGAUCCUUGGGUGUGCUAGGCAUCUGUUCCUGUGGGGUUUUGUUUCCAUCUAUGUAUGUAUAUUUUUUUAAAGAUUUAUUUAUUUAUUAUAUCUAAGUACACUGUAGCUGUCCUCAGACACUCCAGAAGAGGGCGUCAGAUCUUGUUACAGAUGGUUGUGAGCCACUAUGUGGUUGCUGGGAUUUGAACUCAGGACCUUCAGAAGAGCAGUCAGUGCUCUUAACCGCUGAGCCAUCUCACCAGCUUCUAUUUAUUUUUUUAAGAUACAAUUUUUCUGUGUAGCUCUGGCUGUCCCAGAACUCAUUCUGUAGACCAACCUGCCUCUGUAGACUCAGAGAUGCCUCUGCAUCUCAAGUGCUGGGACUAAUGGAGUGCACCACCACCUGACCCUGCUUGUGUGUGUAUGUGUGCGCGCGCCCCUCUGUCUGUCUGUCUGUCUGUCUGUUUCUCUGUCUCUCUGUGUGUGUUUAUUACAAAUAGGUUGUCUCCUGCAUUUUAUCAAGUGCUUCUUGGCAUCUCUUGAUCCCAAAGUGUGGUUUAUUUUAUUUUAUUUUAUUUUUGAGCUUGUGAGGGAGUACAUGAAUUGAUGUUUACUCCUCUACACUUUUUACAUAGACACCCUGCUGGCCAAGUCAGCUAGUCAUGGGUUUUCAUACUAUCAAGACCUUGAUUUGCCUUGCUGGGGGAGGUUUUGUCCUUCCCUCAUUUUGUUUUGAAAAUGCUUUCCAAAAAAACUUGUACAGUUUAUCAGUAAGACCAGCUUUGUGGCACCCAAACAAGGCUUUGUUCCAGACACUCCAGAAUCAGCAUGACAUCUAAAUGUAACAUUUCGGCCCCAGCUGAUCAGUGACUGCCAAAGAAGGACGGUAAUCUAAGUUGGUAGUCUGUACUGUUUUCGUUUGCAAGCCUUGUGUGGCACAUGAGAUUCCAGCCCUCCAUCUUCCCUGGUUUCCUGUAGGAGUGGUGACUGGCCCCAGGAGAAGAACAGGGCAUUGUUUGGGCUACUAUGGCAGCAUAACAAAUCACCUCCACAGUUGGUAGCUGGAAACGAGACAAAGCCCUGAAGAGUCUGGAAAUGGGUCCGCAUCUUUAAGUCAGAGCUAUAACCCUGAGUUUUGGCACAGACCUGAUGGCUUGAGCCUGCUGAUGUCCAGUGUUCUGGAAAUCCAGUGCCCAUAGAUGUGGACUAAGGAAGAGCCCGGCCAUGGUCACUCUCAUCACAGAGAAGCUGCAGAACCAGAGUUUGGAUGACCUCACCCGCAGGGCCUGUGAGGCUGGCCCGUAUUCUGCUGAGAAGCUGAACAAAAGUGGCCAUUUGUUCCCUUUGGAGAUCAGCGUGGAUAAAAGUCCCUGGAAGGCCUUACGUGGAGGAUGGCCCACUGGAAGCCAGGCAGCCUCAGGCCCCUUCUCAGUGGGCCCACAUGGUGUGUCUCACACCGAAGGUCUCAAGUGGCAGCUGGAAUCCCCAGGGCCCAUGGAUGUGGGCCAUUUCCUGGACCUCCAUGAUAGCACAGGGCCACCUGCAGCACCACCAACCAAGCGACACUGCCGGUCCCUGUCAGAACCAGAGGAGCUAGCUCGAUGCCGCUCCCCGUGGCGCCCUGGUAGCUCCAAGGUGUGGACUCCCAUCUCCAAGAGGAGGUGCAACAGUGGUGGGAGUGCCACACUUCAGUGCUGCAGCGGCGUGGGCAACCCUACUCUGCAGGGCACUCUAGUCCCUGGCCUACCCAGGAGGCCUGUGUCACCCGCUGGCCCUACCUCACCCCUGACGCCCCGGCCAGCUUCAGCCAGCAGUGGCUUUGUGGAUGGCAGUGAGGGCAGUACAAGCUCAGGCCCACCCUGGCUUUCUACAGGACCCUGCCCAUUUUCUUCCAGGCGCCGACUGUCCCUCUCACAAGAGCACCUUGUAGAUACAGGUGCUUGCCUGCCUUCAGCCAGCAGCACCCCCACUUCCACACCUGAGCUAGGCCGGCACCAUGGCCUGCUCCGGUGCCGCUCACAGCCUUGUGUAUUGGAUGGGAGGAGGGUCCGGCGCAAGCGAAGACGGGAGGAGGAUGCCAGGUGGACACGCCCGUCCUUGGACUUUCUGAAAAUGACACGGACUUUAAAAAACUCCAAGAGCCUUUGCUCCCUGGACUAUGAAGACGAUGAGGAUGACACCCAGGAGAAGACUCUUGUGUCCUCCCCGUGUAACUCACAGGGCCUCGUGGGCAUCAUCACACCGAGCUCUAGCCCAAGGAUUCCCAGGCCUGGCCCUGACAGCCCCAGUAUCUGGGCGUCAGGGGAGCCAGAGGCCAACCCAGGCGAGGGUGGGAGCAGUGGGGACCCCAGUGACUGGGACAGUGCAGGAGAGGAGGGCAUCUUCCCACUGGACCACGGCGACCUGGACUUGGAGCAGAUUGAGAACAACUGACUUUGGCUGAGCAGGAUGACUGUGGUUGCUGUCUGUCACCUUGGUGCCUGACCAGUGGAAAUAACUUGUGUGUUAUUUUGAAAAUUGAGGCGUAAUUUUGAUUCAGUUUUUCCUAAAGAAGUAUUUUGCAUUUUUAUGGCUUCUACAGUUUGAGAGAGCUUCUCUAUUUUGAAAUGGGUUUCAGAGGGCAUUCUAUUAAACAUGAUUCUGCCUAGA